CUCUUCAACCCAACCUCACUCCCUCCUCCUCGUCACCAUGCCGCCAUCCCUUGCGCUCACCUCGCUCCUCCUCUUCCUCCCGGCGGCGCUGGCCGCCGCCGGCGAUGCGCGGCGGCAGCUGCACGAGCCGCUCUUCCCCAUCGAGUGGACCCCUCCGCCGUCCACCACGGCGCCACCCGCGCCGGACUUCUCGUCCGACCCUUCCACGCCGGCCACCCCCGUGGACAAUGGCGGCCCGGCGCUGCUCCCCCCGCCGCCGCCGCCGCCGCCGAGCACGGUCACCGCCGACGUGUCGUCCUCGCGCAGCGGGCCGGACCCGCGGGCGCGUGGCGCGGGCGGCACGCCCAAGGCCGCCAUCGUCGUCGCGUCCGCCGCGGCCGCCGCGGUGCUCGCGCUGCUCGCCUUCGCGUUGGCGUUCCUUCUCACGGGGCGGCUCGCGCGCCACCCCGCGGCCGCGCAGGCGCGUAAGCCGCCCGGCGGCCACGCGCACUCUGGCGGUGGUGGCGGCGUCUCUGCGGGGGCGCACGCCGACGUGGUGGGCGGACACGCCGUGGCGGGGUCCUCGGCGGUCUCCCCGCCGUACCGCAAGGUGCGCGCCGAGCGCGCGCGGCGUGGCAUGUGCCGCGACGUCGACACCGUCCCGAGCCCGGAGCUCCGGCCGCUCCCGCCGCUGCGGCGAGGGGUGUCGGCGCUGACGCAGGGAUCGUCCGACGAGGACGCGGCGUACUACACGCCGGGACAGCGCUCGGCUGGCUCCGGUGGCGGCGGCGGCGGGACAUGGAGUGAGGCAAGCGCGUCCAGCCCGCGCACCACCACCGCCUCCCGCCGCAGCCUCCCCAGCCUCACCAGCGACUUCUUCCCAACGACACCGGCCGCCCCCGCGGCCGCGUCGCCCACCGUGGUGGCUCCCCCUCCUGCACCUCCCGCGCCACGCUCCCGUCGCACCACGCCUCCUCGCACCCGCUUCUCCGCCGGCUCCGGCGCCGACAUGAUGAAACAGAUGAUCUCGCCACCCUCCAACCCACCACCCGCGCCGCCGCCUCCUCCUCCUCCUCCACCACCACCAUCAUCAAGAUUCACCAACACAACCCCAAACCCUCCACCGCCGCCGCCGGGACCAUCAACCGGGCCAGUCUCAGCUCGCCGGCUGCUCAGACCGCUCCCAGCAGAGAGCCCCAGCAUUGCAGUGCCCAGGGCGCCCGUCAUGGCGGUGAGAAAGGACAACGACGCCACCACCACCACCAUGUCCGUGCGAACGCGGGGCGAAGCUGCCGGUGACGAAGCCCGGCCAAAGCUGAAGCCACUGCACUGGGACAAAGUCCGAGCAAGCUCCGACCGCGACAUGGUCUGGGACAGGCUCAAGUCCAAUUCAUUCCAGUUGGAUGAGGACAUGAUCGAGGUGCUAUUCAUGAACAAUUCGGCAGCCAUUGCACCAAGGCUGGACACUCCGAAGAAAGCCGGCCUGCCGCAAUUUAAGCAAGAGGAGAGAGUUCUUGACCCAAAGAAGGCACAGAACAUUGCCAUCCUGCUGCGUGCGCUCAAUGUCACGCUCGAGGAGGUUACCGAUGCGCUUUUAGAUGGUAAUGCUGAAUGUUUGGGAGCUGAACUUUUGGAGACCUUAGUAAAGAUGGCUCCCACCAAGGAGGAAGAGCUGAAACUGCGAGACUUCACUGGGGACUUAUCAAAGCUUGGUUCAGCAGAGCGUUUUCUUAAAGCAGUUCUUGAUAUACCAUUCGCCUUUAAAAGAGUUGACGUUAUGCUAUACCGAGCAAAUUUUGAGAAUGAAGUAAAUUAUCUCAGAAAAUCAUUUCAAACACUUGAGGCAGCUUGCGAUGAUUUAAAAGGAAGUAGAUUGUUCUUAAAAAUCCUCGAGGCAGUGCUGAGGACAGGGAACAGAAUGAAUGUCGGCACAAACCGGGGUGAAGCAAAAGCUUUCAAGCUUGACACUCUCCUCAAACUUGCAGAUAUCAAAGGCACCGAUGGUAAAACCACACUGCUACACUUCGUUGUCCAAGAAAUUGUCCGGUCAGAAGACGCAAAAUCCGAAAAAGCUCCAGAAAAUCACAUCACAAAUAUCGCGAGAGUUGAGCAGCUGCGUCGACAAGGCCUAAAAGUUGUGUCUGGGUUGAGCACCGAGCUAGGAAACGUCAAGAGAGCAGCAACCAUGGACUUCGACGUGCUUCAUGGCUAUGUAUCUAAGCUUGAAAGUGGCCUUGGAAAGAUUAAGUCGGUGCUCCAGCUUGAGAAGGAAUGCAGCCAGGGUGCAAAGUUCUUCAUGGCAAUGCAUGAUUUUCUCAAGGAAGCCGAGCAGGAGAUCGAGCGAGUCAGGUGCGAGGAGAAGGCAGCUCUGGGUAGAGUCAAGGAGAUCACUGAGUACUUCCAUGGUAACGCGGUGAAGGAGGAAGCUCACCCUCUGAGGAUAUUCAUGGUGGUUAGGGACUUCCUCUCAAUGUUGGAUCAUGUUUGCAGGGAAGUCAGUCAGCAAGACAGGACCUUUGUUGGGUCUGCGAGGUCUUUCCGUAUAUCAGCAGCAAAUGCGUUGCCGAUCCUGAACAUGCAGGGGCAGCAAGGAAGAGACAGCAACUCUGAUGGAGAUAGUCCAUCUCUGUAGGAAGAGAUCAGACGGAGGAAAGCACUCUGCAUUUUUGAAAUGAACAGAACCACAGCAAUCUUUGAUAGAAGAAUACUUUGCCAGGACAGAUGAAGCACACAUGUAAUUUUAGUAUGGUCAAAUAUAGGUGAAAUCUUGUUGUAUAAUUCUGGAUGGUUCGAAUUCUUUUUUGUACAAAAUAAGUAAGUUUUUGCCGAGUAAUUUUGUUCUUUUUCCAAUAACGGGAAACAAUCCUGCCUCUACAUCUGGCGAUAUGCUGAGUAAAAUAAAUGAGGUUUUGUAGAGUUAUCUUGUUUUUUAAAAUGAAAUCAAUUCAGCCUCA